AUGAACGUGCUACCUCCACCACGUACGUAUUCUCAUCACGCCAAAGUUGGACCCUGCUUCAGUCGUCCCGCCUAUCGAGAUGGCCGUCAGAAGAAGGCGGUGAAGGUUUAUACGAUUGCCACGGAAUCAACUUAUCUGCUUUUGUUCGGAGUCCCUUCAAUAGAUCUGGAACAAGCGCUCAAGGAUAGAUGUAAACGAUUCGGCACACUUGAACGAAUCAUCAAACUGUCGGAAUACCCAGACAAGGAAGAGUUCACUGAUGUGUUUUUGGUGAAAUUCCCGUCGGUCCAGAUCGCA